GGGACAUCAGCAAGAGCUAGACUGAACUGGGGGGUUCAGAGAAAGGCAAGCAAAGAAGAGGGCAUAAGAUCCAAGGCGAACGAACAGGGGGUUAAAAUCAAUUCUCCCCAAACAAGGGGGUCUCCACUCUCCAUGAACCACACCGACGAGGAGGCCUACGCCGCGCUCCGCGGAUGCGACAUGGCUCCCAACAAGACCGCGCAGAAGCUCCUCCUCCAAGGAGCCCAAAAUGCAUGGGAUAUGCUGUCUGAGGAGCAAUCACAGAAACACAUCACUACUGGUUCUGGUAGCCUGAAUGACAUACUUGGUGGAGGGAUUCAUUGUAAAGAAGUUACUGAGAUAGGUGGUGUUCCAGGAGUAGGUAAAACUCAACUGGGGAUUCAGCUAGCAAUCAACGUCCAAAUUCCUGUGGACUAUGGUGGCCUUGGCGGCAAAGCAGUUUAUAUUGAUACAGAGGGCAGUUUCAUGGUUGAACGUGUCUAUCAAAUUGCUGAAGGGUGUAUCAGUGACAUAAUGGAGUAUUUUCCGUGUCACCAUGACAAGGCUUCAUCUGGCCAAGAAAAUUUGCAGCCUGAGAGUUUCCUGGCGGGCAUCUACUAUUUCCGAAUAUGCAGCUACACUGAACAGAUUGCGGUGAUAAACUAUCUGGAGAAAUUCCUUGGAGAACAUAAAGAUGUGAGAAUAGUUAUUAUUGAUAGUGUCACUUUCCACUUUCGACAAGAUUUUGAAGACCUGGCUCUGAGGACUAGAGUGCUCAGUGGAUUAUCAUUGAAGUUGAUGAAGCUUUCAAAGGCAUAUAACUUGGCGGUUGUCUUGUUGAACCAAGUAACUACUAAAUUUACAGAAGGAUCAUUUCAGUUGACUCUUGCUCUAGGUGACAGCUGGUCCCAUUCGUGCACAAAUCGACUGAUUUUGUACUGGAAAGGGAACGAGCGGUGCGCAUACCUGGACAAGUCCCCUUCACUUCCGGUGGCUUCAACACCGUAUGCAGUGACAAGCAAAGGGGUGAGAGACGCUGGCAGUUCAAGCUGCAAGCGAGUUAGGGUAAUGUAGCAGCAUUGAAAUGCAUGGUCUGGCAUCCAAAGAAUUGCGCCUUCCGCUUAGAUAUUAUGUAUCAUGUGCAAGUAGCUACUGGGAAAGUGAAGCUCAACUCAUUUGGUUUAUCCAGUGAUUCAAGAUGCACCCAGAUGCACUCCUGUUGCUUCAUCUGCUCCGACAUGUAAAAUGUCAUAUGACGGAGAGCAUAUCUGCAGUUCUGCCGUGAACAUGAUCGGGAAUGGGUAGUAGUAGCAUCAAGGGGUCGGUAGUAAUACCGUUGUGCUAGAUGUAUUAAGAUUACAACAGCAACAAGUGCAACAACAAACAAGUUGGGGUAGACUAAAACUCAUAAGAACUCAAAAUCAAUUCAUGGUUCUGAUAUGUAGAUAGCCAACUUUCCUGCA